AUGAGACGCCUCACACGGCCCCGGGCUGCGCGCGCCCACGGCCGCCGCCCCGGCAGAGGCUUCCAGGAGCUCCGGGGCCCCAGCUCACAGCCCCACCCCUCCGGCAGGGCGCCUCCGCGGGGCCCCGUUCGGAGACGCGAUAACGGCACACCUCGCGGCCUCCGCCGCUCCGGCCCUUAUCCGCUGCGCCAGACGGUGCCCGCGCGCCACUGGGGGGCGCCGCCCCGCACGCGCGCCCAGGCUCGGGCCCGCGGGCGGCGCCGUCGGGCUGGGGAGCCUGCACGGCGCGGCGGCGCCCCCGUCCGUAGGGCCGUGGAGCAGCUGCUGCGCCGCGGCGCCGACCCCAACCUGGUGCUCGAGGAUGGCGCGGCGGCCAUGCACCUGGCGGCCGGAGCCCGGCAGCCGCGCGCUCUGCGGUGCCUCGAGGCUCUGCUGCGCCGAGGCGGGGACCCUAAUGCUCGCUCGGCCGAGGCGCUGACGCCGCUGCACGUGGCCGCCGCCUGGGGCUGUCGCCGCGGCCUGGAGCUGCUGCUGAGCCAGGGAGCGGACCCCGCGCUGCGUGACCAGGACGGCCUCCGGCCGCUGGACCUGGCGCGUCAGCAGGGGCACCAGGACUGCGUGCGCGUCCUCCUGGAGCUCGAGACCAGGACCAGGACCCCGACCCGGACCUGGGCAGAGACCCAGGAGCCCGAGGCGGAGCCUGAUGGCCCAGGUCCCCGGGGAAAGGGGCCGGACGCCAGCCCCUCUGAACCCCCCGACGUGACGCUGGACUCCACAGCACCGGGCAGAGGUGACAUCAGAGACAGGGACCUGGGGCGUGGUCCCGGACCCCCUGGUCUUCUUGCCAAUCCUGAGGCGGCGGACAAGUAUGGCAGCUUGGAGUUCCCCGCAGGGCUGCAGGACUGCAGCACAGACGCCUCCUUCGUCACGGCGGUUGAAGCCUCUGAAGCCGAGGCCCCAGCCCCAGACAUCUCCCCCUGGGCAAGGUCAUUGCCCCAGACCAGGCAGGGGCUCCUGACUGGCGUCCAGCCCUCCCAGAGAGUGCCGAGAUCUCUGGGUACCCCACAGCCGGUACAUCAAGCCGUCCUGGCCGGCAGGGAGGCAGAACUAAAUGCUGGUCUGCAGGCCCUGACUUUGACCCCUCUGGAUCCCUCCCCCUGCCCCAUGUCCCUCCCUAACUGGAGCCCAGCCCACAGUCCCCCUUGGGAACCACUGUCUGGACCCCCCAAUUUAUGCUUCCUGACCGAUGACCAGUUGUCCCUGGACAGUGAUGUGGCAGCCCUCUGGCUGACGGAGGACGAGGCGAGCUCUACAGGCAGCAGGGACUCUCUCCCCUCCUGCUGGCACCCACCAGUCCCUGCCACGUCUGACCUGGAGCUGCUACAAGGGCCCCGUGUGCUUGGCACGAGCCCUGGCCCCCUCAUGCCCUGCACCCGGCCGCGCUACCUCCGGCGGCUGGGAGAAGCCCCGGCUGCUCCUGACCCAGACUUUUCAGGGCACAGCCCAGAGCUGGCCAAGGCCCUUCAGACAGGCCAUAUCCCGGAUGCCCAGGCAGAUGAAGAUGAGCUCGCCCAGCAGUUUGAGCAGCCAGAUCCCACCAGAAGGUGGCGGGAGGGGGUCGUGAAGUCCAGCUUCACUUAUCUGCUGCUGGAUCCCAGGAGAACUCAGGACCUGCCAGCCCGAGCCUUCUCACUGACCCCGGCUGAGUGCCUUCGGACUUUCGUCCAUGCUAUCUUCUAUGUGGGCAAGGGAACACGGGCCCGGCCAGAUGUCCACCUCUGGGAGGCCCUCAGCCACCGUGGACGGCCAGGAAAGCAGGCCUGCCCUAAGGUGCGUCACAUCCUGGACAUUUGGGCCAGUGGUCGUGGUGUUGUCUCCCUGCAUUGCUUCCAGCAUGUGGUCGCUGUGGAGGCUUAUACUCGAGAGGCGUGUCUUGUGGAUGCUCUAGGGAUCCAGAUGCUGACCAACCAGAAACAAGGGCACUUUUACGGUGUGGUGGCUGGCUGGCCACCUGCCCGGCGCCGCCGCUUGGGUGUGCAUCUGCUGCACCGCGCCCUCCUUGUCUUUUUGGCUGAGGGUGAGCGAGAGCUACGGCCCCAGGACAUCCAGGCCCGCGGCUGAGCACUGGGGAAUUGGCCAUCCAGCCUGGCUAGAGAUCAGGGUAUUUGAAUGUUCCAGCCGCCUCGUCCUGAGAGCAGCCCUCCGUCUGCAGCUCCAGAAGGGUUGGGGGUGGGGGGCAGCAAGGCGAAUCUCCCUUCAGGCUGAGGGACUUUGUUACAGAUGGAGCUGCUGGAGAGGUAAUGACCUCACCAUCAUGGGAGGAUGGGGAUCAGAGGUUCUUUGGAACAUUCCAGUGCUUCAGCACAUGCUGGUGCUUUGGCAGUUUGCUCUUGUCUGUGUGGACAGAGCCCACUUUUAUCUCCCAGACACGGGACCCACAAUGUGGAUGGGCUGGGGGAGUCUGUCCAGCUCAACAGCCAGGUUUUGCUGCUUCCCAGCUGUGGGACUUCAGACCAGUAGUUUGUCUCUCUGAGCCUCAGUGUUCUCAGUGUACAGUGGGGACAGUGAGAGGUCCUGCGGGGGUUAUUGUGAAGAGCUUUGCACUGAGCCAGAGGCGGCCCUUCAGCCCAGGUGGAAAGUCUGUGGGGGAGGGGAGGUGGGAGGUGCGGCGGCGGAGGUCGGGUGUGAGGGUGAGGGAGCAGCCUUCCUGGGGACCGCUGGGCGCCUUGAGCCUCCCGGAUUUCUCUGAACCUCUUGCUUCCACAGUAAAAUGGAAUCAAUAGCCCUGACUUGCUGGUGACGCUCUGCGAUUUCAGACUAUUCACAUAUGCUCAAAGCUUCAGUAAAUGCCGAGCCGCCGUCGUCGUGGCGAGGUGGUGGCGGGAUCAUUUAAGUUUUCCGGAAGUGUCCAGUGGGUUUAGGGACUUGGGGAGAUGCGCUGCCUCAUUGGGCUCUGCACCUGCCCAUCAUCGCAGCUCAGCGAACCAGGUCCUGCAGGGGGCGGGCGUGGCCCGGGCGGGUUCCCCGGCCUCCAGGCCUCCACUGCAGAGCCCUUGGCUCCUCUGGCGGGAACGGCUGGUAUAGUAAUCAGGCACCUGGCCCCUGGGCUGGGCCUGGGCUCUAACGCUUUAAGGGAACUGAAUAACCCUCUCCUGAGCUUGUUUCCUCAUGUGUGAGAUGGGGAGCCUCGCAGCCACUAAGUCACUUGAUGAACAGCGUGUCAUCGGCCCAGGAAUUCACUAACAGGUCAAUGGGAAAGAAUCCAGAGACUCCAAAGACCCCACAGAGGUGGGGUCUGCCUAACACGGUUUCCCAACCUUGGCCCUGCUGACAUUUGAGGCCAGGGUUUUUCUUGCAGUGGGGCCUGUCCUCUGCAUCACAGAGAGUCAGGGCAGCAUCCUCCCCAGUGGGGGAAAUCAGAACUGGCUCCCGAAUCUGCCAAUGGACAACAGUACCCCUGGUGAGACCCCUGGUCUAACCUAAGGGUGGGCUCACCAACCGGUGGGGAAAGGACGGAAGAUACAGCCACUCUCUCCUCCCCUGGUGCCUGCAAACCACAGGAGGACCUAGGCCUACCAAGAUAGAAUAGAGCAGAAUCCAGAGCACAGCUGUGGGGCGGAGAAAUCCUUCCUCCAGGCGGAGAAAGACAGAUGCGGUGGCUUCAAAGUAAAAAUCAUCGUGAUAAAAGCACCCCUAAAUCAAGCUGAAAGAUAAGUAGGGACAGGAAGAGGUAUUGAC